UCAUCUACGACUACGCUCGAAGGACAUCUGCAGCUUGACGUUUUCUUUGUUGAUGGAAACAUGGAUCUGCCCGAGCCAUUAAGGCAACGAUUGGGAGGACUCACAAGAACCGUGUUUAUUGACCAGAAUCGUACGCAACCAACGCCAGAAGAGCAAUGUGCUUUUCUGAGUAAAGACGAUGAAGUUGUCUCCAGUCUCCCCCUUCAGAUGUCCCUUUACUUUAACCUGUGGUUUUUCCCUAUGUGGUGGGUAUGUGAAGUCAUCAUGCUCCACCUAAAGUACCCAGCCCUUCCUGACUACUACAAGUUUAUUCUGGUGACUGUCCUCAUAUUAAUGACCCUUAUUGAGGGAAUUAGGCUUUACCUUGGCUAUGUUGGAAACCUAAAAGAGAAGGUACCAGAGCUGGCUGGCUUUUGGCUACUGAGUCUACUUUUGCAGUUCCCUCUCAUUUUGUUUCAACUUUUUAACGAGUCCAUCCUUGUUCAGCCACUGGAAAGAGGGGUGCAUAUAGUGCUGUCCUUGUUCGUUCUAACAGAGGCUCUAUCAGGUUUUGUCGCCCUUCGAGAAAUGGUCCAUCACACAGAAAGCCAUUUCCAUCUUCAGCAGUUUGCUGGUGUCGAGGAGCUAAGAACAUGAUUGAGAUCUACAGUAUCAGCAGUGGAGAUUUAGACAGAAUGAUCAUUCUGCACUAAUUAAGUGUCCUUAUAAUUUUUACAUAAAUCAUUCAUGGAAAUAAAUAGAGCGUUUACAAUACUUUGGUGAAGAUGAUGAAGGUCAUGUUGCCAAUGAAUUUCAGUGGAAUUGAACAGAACGGCUUCCAAAGAAUUUCAUAUCCACUUGUAAAUAUCUGAGUGGCCAGGUUUUAUUUUUUUAUUUAAUAUUGUAAAAUAAAUUCACUUGUUGAAUACAACAGGAAAAAAAUAUAGAUAAACAGAGAAACUAAAAAACAUUGG